GCUAAUGCACGCCCUGUCAAGUCUUAUGCUUGCCCUACUUGCACCAAGCCCUUCCCCACACGCACACAGCUCAAGUCGCACAUGGCCAUCCACACCGACUCUUUCCCCUUCCCAUGCAUGUAUGCAGGCUGCGAAUUGCACUUCAAGCGCAAGCACGAUCUUCGCCGUCACGUCGAUGCUAAGCAUGCUUUGGUCAAGAAGUACUUGUGCACCGGAGGAUGUGGUGAGGGCUUUGGUCGUCGUGACCAGAUGGUUCGUCAC